UUCCAGCAUCAGGACAACCGCCCUGAACUGCAAUGCAAGCACAUGAGUUGUUUAGACACCUACGAAUGCCAGAACUUGGAGAUGUCAGACAGUAUGUGCGCACCCUUCCAACAAAUACACUGAUGGGCUUCGGUGCUUUUGCAGCUCUCACGACCUACUGGUAUGCAACAAGACCAAAAGCACUAAAACCACCAUGUGAUUUAGCAAUGCAGUCUGUGGAAGUAGAGGGUGGUGAGCAUGCUCGAAGGUCCUCUCUUCUUAACAGCGAUGAAUUGUUGAUUUACUACUACGAUGAUGUGAGAACAGCUUACGAUAUCUUCCAAAGGGGUGUGCAAGUAUCAAAUAAUGGUCCAUGUCUAGGUGUUAGAAAACCAAACCAGCCGUAUGAGUGGAUCUCCUAUAAAGAGGUUUCGGACAGAGCCGAGUGUGUGGGCUCUGCGUUACUCCACCGAGGCUUCAAACCGUCUCAAGUUCAAUAUAUAGGAAUCUUUUCACAAAACAGACCUGAGUGGGUUAUCAUUGAACAGGGAUGCUACACAUUCUCCAUGGUGGUGGUGCCACUCUAUGAUACACUGGGAACUGAAGCAAUUACCUACAUUGUGAACAAAGCUGACUUGUCAUUGGUUUUCUGUGACAAACCUGACAAGGCCAAACUUCUGCUAACCAGUGUGGAAAAGGGGGAAACUCCAGAACUCAACACCAUUGUUAUUAUGGAGUCUUUUGGCAUGGAUCUUGUGGAACGUGGCAAAAAAUGUGGGGUGGAAGUCUUCAGCAUGAGAGAAAUAGAGGAACUGGGAAGAGCACACAGGCAAAAACCUAUGCCUCCAAAGCCAGAAGAUCUAGCAGUCAUCUGUUUCACCAGUGGAACGACAGGAAACCCCAAAGGAGCUAUGAUCACUCAUCAAAACAUAGUCAGCAAUGCUUCAGCUUUUGUGAAAACUACAGAGAAAACCUUUAUGCCUUCCCCUGAUGACAUUCUGAUAUCAUUUCUGCCCUUGGCUCAUAUGUUUGAGAGAAUCGUCGAGUGUGUGGUUUUGUGCCACGGAGCUCGGAUAGGAUUCUUUCAAGGGGAUAUCAGACUGCUUAUGGAUGACCUAAAAACACUGCAGCCAACUGUAUUUCCUGUAGUACCAAGACUGUUGAACAGAAUGUUUGACAAGAUUUUUGGACAGGCAGAUACUUCAUUAAAGAGGUGGAUGCUGGAUUUUGCUUCCAAGAGGAAAGAAGCAGAACUCAGAAGUGGUAUAGUUAGAAAUAACAGUUUCUGGGAUAAAGUCAUCUUCCGCAAAAUACAGGCAAGUUUAGGAGGAAAAGUAAGGCUGAUGGUUACAGGAGCAGCACCUGUAUCUGCAAAUGUACUGACCUUCCUGAGAACAGCUCUUGGCUGUCAGGUGAGUUUCCUGGCCUUAAUGCUAAAACAUAAAGAUUUCAAUACCUGA